CUAACUUUCAUUCCAGGAUUAAUUCAAGAGUCUUUGACCGGCUUGUGGAGAAUUCCUUGGGCGUUGUCUCUCGGCGCGCUACAUGGGAAACGUGAUAAAAUUCUCCCUAGGGGCGAAGAUCGAUUCAAAUUGCGAGUCCAUUUCACGGUGGCGCUUCUGCGCCAAAAUUCUAAUUGCAGAGUAACCAAGAGAUAUUUGUACGUAGAUGGGAAGGCGCGUUGGGAGGCGAAGAAGGACCACAAUGUUGUCCUUGAAGAGGCUACCAUAUUGGGGGAUGAGCAUCGGCUUUUUCGAAUGUGGAUAGAACUAUCGGAAGGAUUCGCACGUCUAGCAAAAGACGAUCCAGGAGAUGCUGAUGUUAACUGGACACAAGUGGCUCGAGGUUUGAAUUGGACGGAGCCGGAUGGAAGGACUGAGGCUGGCGCACUGAUUGCUAAAAUCUCUGGCAAGCUUGGAGCAAACUCGCCGGACUUAGCGAUCGAUAGUGACUCUGUCAAUCAAUGGAAGCGUGAGAAGUCGCGUGCGAUUGUCGUUAAUAGGCGAUCUGACUCACGGCGCGAGGAUCUAGAAAGAAUAUAUAUUUAG